AUGUCAACUUCUUCAAGGUUAAUUUGUGAUAACAUAGAAAACGCAAAUCUUGUUCCUGAAGAUUUACUCUCAGAUGGCAUUGUUAAUGGGGUUUUAUUAAAAAAAUAUUACAAACCAAUCUUUAACGUCAUUAAUAAUUAUAAUUGUAUUAAUGAACUAUAUUCGUAUGAUUCUGAUAUAUUUAAAGUUAAAUUAGAUAAUUACCAGAAGAAAUUUAUCGAUUUACGUAUUAAGCACAGAUAUGCAACCAUGCAAAAUCUUCGGAAUGAUGAUAAGAAAUUUUACAACGCACUAGGUUCUUUUUUAACACAAUUGGGAUUGGUUUGGAAAAUGCCGUUAUAUCAACAAAAAUCUCCUAAUCUUAAUGAAAGAACAUACACACAUCAAGUCGUCAAGUGUAUCUUUGAUUUUAUGUUCUAUAAUAUAGAAGAUAUCAACAUAGAAUUUGAUGGACAAAGUGAGUCGACUAAAAAUAGGAAUUGGGGUCAUUCAGGACCAAGUCGACUUCCUGAUGUAAUGAUCUCAAAAAAAUAUGAAGGAUCCAAUCACAAGUGGGAGUUUGGAUUUUCGGAAGACGAUUGGAAUCAUGGAUUGAAAUAUAUAACAAGUUAUGAUAUACCCGAAGCUAAAGACAUUUGGGAUCAAUUUAAUCAUAUAAUGAUUCAUUUCCAUAAAACGACGAUGGAUAUUUACGUUCUAGACUGUGAGAUGAAACCAUUCCACAGAAUGAUCUUGAUUAAAUCAACAGAAAUACCAUUACUUAACAACAACGGCAAUUUGAUAAUCGAGCAAGUGUCAGACAAAUCACCAGUAACACCAAAAACGCCAGAACGAAAUAAUAUAAUCCCGACAAUUGACUCACCGGAUGAUUAUUCACAAUAUAUAUAA